GGCAGUGGUGGUGGUGGUGGAGGAGGAGGAGGACAUGGACAUGGAGAUGAAACAGAAGAUUAGCCUGGAGUUAAGGAACAGAGCCCCCGAGGAGGUGACAGAGUUAGUCCUUGAUAACUGCCAUUCUGUCAACGGGGAAAUUGAGGGGCUCAAUGACACUUUCAAAGAAUUAGAAUUUCUGAGCAUGGUCAGGGUGGAGCUUAUCUCUCUGGCUCAGCUCCCCAGCUUGAGUAAACUUUGAAAGUUGGAACUUAGUGAUAAUUUUAUUUCUGGGGGCCUGGAGGUCCUGGCAGAAAAAUGUCCAAAUCUCACCUACCUCAAUCUGAGCGGCAAUAAAAUCAAAGAUCUCAGCACAGUAGAAGCUCUGCAAAAUCUUAAAAGUUUGAAAAGCCUUGAUUUGUUUAACUGUGAGAUCACACACCUGCAAGAUUAUAGAGAAAGUAUUUUUGAACUGCUACAACAAAUCACAUAUCUCGAUGGAUAUGAUCAGGAAGAUAAUGAAGCCCGGGACUCUGAAGAGGAAGAAGAUGAUGAUGAGGAUGAUGAUGAAGAGGAUGAAGAUGAAGAAGAGGAUGAAGCUGAUCCCCCAAGAGGAUAUGAAGAGGAGGAAGAAGAUGAAGAUGAAGCAGGUUCAGAUUUGGAAGGAGAAGAGGAGGAGGAUGAUGAUGAUGAUGAUGACUAUGUUGAAGAAGGAGGAUAUGAUGAGGAAGAAGAAGAAGAAAGUGUUCAAGGAGAGAAGAGGAAACGAGAUAUUGAAGAUGAAGGAGAAGAAGAUGAUUAAAUGGACCAGACUCCUUUCUUCUAUAGCGUUUGCAAUAAUAGAGUGAUCUUGUGGAUCUCCAUGUUUCUUUAUGUACCAUGCUGUCCCUACAGAAGAUAACAUGUAACUUUUUAUAGGAAAGGUGUGAUUUUACUAU